AUGCCACCGCAAUUAGCCCGCCAAGGCACCAAAUUAAGAAUCCGGACAAUUGAGCCUCUCCCGCUGAUCGCUGACCUUUCCUCCAACACCUUUUUCAAACGCGAUUUUUCCCCUGCACCGCGACACACCACCACCAUACAACACCUGCCAGGAUCGCAAACCUGGCCUCGACUUUCACCAUUCCCAGUAUUCAAACACGACCAUCUAUGGGCUCUGCUUCUCCCGCCGCGACUGCCUCUCAAAUUACUGCCCAGCUUACCGUAG